AACACAUGAUAGGUUGGGGUUUUUUCGGGCGCAGACGUGGGCAUGGAGGGUGUUGCUGAGCAGACAGCGUGAAUCAACACAAGCGCAGCUGAAUGCUUGACUCUUACUGGAGAUAAUGAGCCAACGCGCUGUGUUUUUGUCUUGCUCCUCGGCUGUGUGAAGGAUAAAGGGGUUAAAUCGGGUGUAAGGAGCGCGAGAAGCGCGUGGAUCGGGUGGACGGUCUGGGCUUUGUGUGUCCGCGAGUGCAGGGAGGGGUGACGGACGGGUUCUCGCUCAUCUACUCGGAUUACUGAAGAGCGCCACAACCUCUGGACCUUCACAUCAGAAAGGAUACAUUCAAGAUGUAUCCGCAGGGCCGGCAUCCGGCACCUCACCAGCCUGGUCAGCCUGGCUUCAAAUUCACUGUAGCAGAAUCUUGUGACAGGAUCAAAGAUGAAUUCCAGUUCCUUCAAGCUCAGUACCACAGUCUUAAAGUGGAGUAUGACAAACUGGCCAAUGAGAAGACAGAGAUGCAGCGACAUUAUGUCAUGUAUUAUGAGAUGUCCUAUGGGCUGAACAUUGAAAUGCAUAAACAGACUGAGAUUGCCAAACGUCUAAAUGCAAUUCUUGCUCAAAUCAUGCCUUUUUUGUCACAAGAGCACCAACAGCAGGUUGCACAGGCUGUUGAACGUGCUAAGCAAGUGACAAUGACAGAGUUGAAUGCCAUCAUCGGGGUACGUGGACUUCCCAAUCUGCCUCUCACCCAGCAUCAUGCUGUCUACCCUGCUCUGAUGCAGCAGCAGCUCCAGGCUCAACACCUUUCUCAUGCUGCCCACGGACCCCCGGUCCAGCUGCCCCCUCAGUUGCAGCCCCCAGGCAUCCCUCCAGUCCCAGGCUCAGGGUCAGGUCUGCUGGCGCUGGGAGCUCUGGGUAGCCAGGCGCACCUGCCAGUCAAAGACGAGAAGAACCAUCAUGACCUGGAGCACAGAGAGCGGGAAUCUAGUACGGAUCCUGCCACUCCAAGGGUCAGCCCGUCUCACUCUCCUCCUGAGAAUGGACUUGAUAAAGCCAGAGCGCUGAAGAAAGAUGCCCCCAACAGCCCGGCUUCUGUGGCCUCCUCUGGGAGCACCCCCUCCUCUAAAGUGAAGGACCACCCACAUAAUGACAAGUCCUCCACCCCAGGUUUAAAGUCCAACACCCCCACCCCACGCAAUGACGCUCCCACCCCAGGAACUAGCAACCCUGGGCUCAGGCCCAUACCUGGAAAACUACCUGGCAUGGAAGCACUGACAGCACCUGCCCUACGUACACCAUUGUCAAUUGCGCCUCCAUAUGGGGCUCCGUUCGCCAUGAUGGGUCACCACCCAGAGAUGAACGGCUCAUUGACUAGUCCGGGUGUUUACCCUGGCCUUCACAUCUCCCCUCAGAUGAGUGCCGCUGCUGCCUAUGGACGCUCGCCUAUGGCGGGCUUUGAUCCUCAUCCCCACAUGCGUGCCCCUGGUCUGCCAACAAGUCUGACCUCUAUACCUGGAGGGAAACCGGCCUACUCCUUCCAUGUUAGCGCGGACGGCCAGAUGCAACCAGUACCUUUUCCUCCAGAUGCUCUGAUUGGACCAGGUAUUCCCCGUCAUGCCCGUCAGAUCAACACACUCAGCCACGGUGAGGUGGUGUGUGCCGUAACCAUCAGCAACCCCACACGGCACGUCUAUACUGGAGGCAAAGGCUGCGUGAAGAUCUGGGACAUCAGUCAGCCUGGCAGCAAGAGCCCCGUCUCACAACUCGACUGUCUGAACAGGGAUAACUAUAUCCGUUCCUGUAAGCUGCUUCCGGAUGGCCGUACUUUGAUCGUUGGAGGGGAAGCCAGCACUCUGACCAUAUGGGAUUUGGCCUCUCAGACUCCCCGUAUCAAAGCCGAGCUUACCUCUUCUGCCCCGGCCUGCUAUGCGCUGGCUAUCAGUCCCGACGCCAAGGUCUGCUUCUCCUGCUGCAGUGAUGGAAAUAUUGCUGUCUGGGACCUUCAUAACCAAACCCUUGUCAGGCAGUUCCAAGGCCACACAGAUGGUGCAAGUUGUAUAGACAUUUCCCAUGAUGGCACCAAACUGUGGACAGGUGGACUGGACAACACAGUACGGUCCUGGGACCUCAGAGAGGGACGACAGCUCCAGCAGCAUGACUUUACUUCACAGAUCUUCUCUCUGGGCUACUGUCCGACGGGUGAGUGGCUGGCUGUGGGAAUGGAGAGCAGUAAUGUGGAGGUGCUUCAUCACACCAAGCCUGACAAGUACCAGCUGCACCUGCAUGAGAGCUGUGUCCUCUCCCUCAAAUUUGCCUACUGUGGUAAAUGGUUUGUGAGCACUGGGAAGGACAACCUCUUGAAUGCCUGGAGGACUCCCUAUGGUGCCAGCAUUUUCCAGGUAUGUCAAUCAAUACCUCAUUGCCUCCCUUCGCUACAAUACAUUGGGAAUUAAUGUGUGUUUGUGUGA